AUGGUGGCGCGCAAGGUGGAUGCCAGCGAGGACGAGUCUGAGGAGGUACAGGAACAUCUGAAAGAUGCCGUGGAGGGCACGUUGCGGCUGAAGCGUUUGCUGAGCCAGGACUCUGAGGAUGGAUUCUCGAAGAAGAAGCGAGCCAUGGAAAACAGCAUCGACAUCGACCGCCGUCAUAGGAUUGACGAGCUGUUGGAGAAGUGGGAUAGGUUGGACGACAGGGUGAUGUUGCACGUCCUUGAAGGCUUUGAAACCCGGGAACUCGAGUACUUGGCGAACUCGUCCUUCGUGCCUGAUGAGUUCAACUGGAGGAAUAUCCCAGCGGACCAAGUGGCCACGCAGGUCGCCAUGUGGCUGGAGGGCCAGACGUUGGGUGGCGGUCCGCUCGACGUGCUCCUCACUUUCCGAGACAAGUGGAAGCUGGGUCUGGAUGCAGAUAGUGUCCUUCGAACACUGAGCCACAAGGAUUUGCGUUACGUGAUGGAUCACUACGAUGGCACGCAGAACAUUGGGAAGCUGGUUGCGGAGGCGAAGAAGUCGCCUCCGCUGGAGGGGCGGACUGAAGGCUGCAUGCCAGAUGCGCCUGGAUUGGCCGCAAUCGGCCGCUUCCACCGGCUUGAGCUCAUUGACCCAACUGCAGAUGCUGCGGUAUUCGGGGAUGCCAACUUGAGCUUUGCGUUAAAUUUGGCGAGACACCGCAAGGUUCUGGGCCAUGUCGGCCGCGUCAUCGCGACCACCUUCGAGUCUCUGGAGACUCUUCGGGAGCGCUAUGAGGAAAUCGAUGAAACCAUCAAGACGCUCGAGGAGCAUUACGCAGACGUGCACCAUGAAAUCGAUUGCACUCGCAUCGCCAUGAAUCCGAAGUUUAAGGGUCUGGAGGGAACCAUCGGGGCAGUGUAUUACAACUUCCCACAUGCAGGAGCUGUGGGUGGGUUUUUCGACGGCCACCCAGUGGUCAACUGGCGUCAUGAAAACUUGAUGAGAUUAUUCUUUCGGGCACUGCGAUCCUUCAUGAAAGUGGGUGGCUUGGUGAAGGUUGCCUCGAACAUGGGAGCGGUGGGUGUCCGUUUUUCAUACAUUACCUUUGCAGCCAAAGAGAAUGAGUUUGAUCAUGUCGGCGGCCGAGAUGUGUGCAGACGGGGGGUGCGUAGCGUGGCUGGGAUGUUACAGGUCAGAAUGGCGGCUAGGUUCCUGCAUUGCGUCUUAAGCAUUCUCAGUGAACGGCUCCAGCUGAGAUAG